AUGUCGACAGCUAUGAACUUCGGGUCCAAGAGCUUCCAGCCGCGUCCCCCGGACAAGGGUAGCUUCCCGCUCGAUCACUUCGGUGAAUGUAAAAGCUUUAAAGAGAAAUUCAUGAAGUGUCUCCGGGACAAUAAUUUUGAAAAUACUUUGUGCAGAAAUGAAUCAAAAGAAUAUCUAGAGUGCAGGAUGGAGAGGCAACUGAUGGCACAGGAACCCCUGGAAAAGCUGGGCUUUGGAGAUCUGAUUGAUGGAAAAUCAGACAAAAACUGA